AUGCAUUGUGGAGAGCCAACCCCAUCUCCAAUUGGGCAGCAGAAGAAAGCUAACCUUGGUAGCUUUAGUGUGGAAGAACUCACCUGGUACCUUGAGAGCAGGAGAGCUGGUAGGUUGAGCAACUCAGCUACCACCCAGGCCCAGAUGCAAUGCCAAUGCUUUGAGAUGGCCCACCACAACAUCUACCCCACCUACACCUACAAGCUUCUGGAACUUCUGAAGGUGCUGAUCAUAAAGAAUCAAAGCUGCAGGAUCUCCAUGAUUCACAGCAACAACAAGAGAAAAGUUCCAUGGGAUCUCAGCAGCACACCGGCUUGGGAGAUGGACAAGUAUAUAGAGGAUCACCUUCUUCCUGACACUACAUUUCUUACUGGGGUCAGAGCAGACAUUGACUUCAUAAGUGCUUUCCUGAAGGAGAGAUGCUUCCAAGGUGCCGCCCACCCUAUGAGGGUCUCCAGGGUUGUGAUGGGCGGCUCCUACGAUGAACACACUGCACUCAAGGGCAGGUCAGAGGCCAACAUGGUGGUGUUCUUUAACAAUCUCACCAGCUUUGAGGACCGGUUAAACUGGCAUGGAGAGUUCCUUGAGGAGAUUCAGAAACACCUGUGCCAGUUACAGCAAGAGAAACAAUUUAAAGUGAAGUUUGAGUUCCAGAGCUCAGAGCAGCCCAACUCCAGGUCUCUGAGCUUCAAGCUGAACACCCCUGAGCUCCAGCAGGAGAUGGAAUUUGAUGUGCAGCCGGACUACGUUGUCCUGUAUGAACUGAGAGACAACAAGUUCACUGAACCCCAAUUAUACAACCAAAUCUACACCCAACUUAUCCACGAGUGCACCACCCUGGAGAAGGAGGGUGAGUUCUAUAUCUGCUUCAUAGACCUCCAUCAAAACUUCCUGAAGCAUCGUACAACCAAGCUGAAGAAUCUCAUCCGUCUGGUCAAGCACUGGUAUCAACUGUGUGAAGAGACGCUGGGGAAGCAGCUGCCCCCAUAGUACGCCCUGGAGCUGCUCACAAUCUAUGUCUGGGAACGUACGAAUGAAAAUCAACAUGAAACAGCCACAUCCAAGAGCUUCCUGACCGUCUUAGAACUGGUUGUAGAUCACAAGUUUCUUCUAAUCUACUGGACAUGGUAUUAUGGUUUUCUUCAUCAAGAGAUCUCUGACUACCUGAACAGACAGCUCCAAAAAGACAGGCCUGUGAUCCUGGACCCGGCUGACCCAGCAAAGAACGUGGCUGGUUCAAACUUAGAGGCCUGGAACCUUCUGGCAGAAGAGGCUGAGUCCUGGAUGCAUUUCUCUUGCUUUAAGAACCAUGAUAUGUCCUGGAUGUCCACCUGGGAUUUAUCGACUCCAACAGUGCUCUCUGGGAGUCAGACUCUGAAGGAAAGAGAACUCAAGCUUGACGUCCAUCUGUCCAGCUGUUGGGAAGUCCCAUCCAACAGUAUCUGA